AUGUGUAAUUGUUCAGCGGCCAAAAUUCCAGCGUACCGAAGGAAAACGAGCAAAAUCGUGCCAAACAGGAUAGUCAAGUCAGCAUCAAGGGUGCCAAUGAUUUAUUUAUGUUUCGCCAUAUAUCUAUACGGAGAUUUAAGCAUUUAUGGUGCAGCAAUCGCAAAGUCACUAGCAGAUGUCGCCUGUACUUAUUUGCCAAAAAAUCUUACGUGCAACGACACCGUACCGGAUACUGAACUUUGCUGGGAAGGUUCUACGUUUACUCGACUGGUCGCGUAUAGAAUAUUCCUGACAAUGUUUGUAUUAUUAUUGGGUCCCUUUGUAUUUUUCAAUGUUCAAAAGACCAAGCAUCUCCAACUACUGACUUCGGUGAUGCGAUGGCUCGCAUUCACUAUAAUGAUCGUAUAUGCUAUAAAGAAUCUUUUUGUACACGGCCCUCGCGGCGAUCCACCUAUCGCAAAUUUAGCCGGAAUUCCCAGCCUUUUCGGUGCUUGCGUUUACUCCUUCAUGUGUCAUCAUUCGUUACCGGCCUUGAUUGCACCAAUAGCGAAUAAGUCUAAACUAAAUCAAUUCCUAGCUCUCGAUUACACCCUAAUCGCUCUCUUUUAUUUACUAUUAGCUCUAACUGGCAUCUUCGCCUUCGAGCGUUUGGACGAUCUUUAUACUUUGGACUUUGGACCACGUGGUUUAGGCAAUUGUUCCAAGAGCGACAAUAUUUUUAUGCUCCUUAUGGAGUAUUUCUUAGCCCUUUUCCCAGUGUUUACAUUGAGUACCAGUUUUCCCAUUAUAGCAAUUACGCUCCGAAAUAAUUUGCAGACGCUCUUUUUAAAAGAGGAUACAUCUUACAAUUUAUGUCUUCGGAAACUCGUCUUCCCCGUCUUGGCGGUAAUACCACCGUAUUUGAUUGCGAUUAUUACCAAAGAUCUGUCAAUAUUAAUUGGUAUCACAGGCUCGUACGCUGGAGCAGGAAUACAGUAUUUAAUACCUACGUUUUUAGUUUAUUAUGCCAGGCAAAAGACUAACAAGAUUAUCGGCCUUGGGGUCAUGAACAAAUUCGCAAGUCCUUUCUCAGGCAGAUGUUGGUUAGUUUUCGUCGUAGUAUGGGCCAUCACUUGUAUGAUUUUAGUAUCGGUCAAUUUCAUACAAAUACAUUUGCAAUCUUGGAUCAGUCAAUAACAAAAUCAAUACUAUUUAUACCAAAAGAGAAGAGAACUUGAU